UGCAAGAGGAUCCUCGGACAAAAGAACAGGCUGGUUAAGUAAAGCUUGAGUAGUGAAGCUGUGUUUAUAACGCCUCAGCGUCCUCUACAUGUAGUGUUUACAGUUACUAUAACUACUGAACACCGUCAGCUGUCCCAGUCAACACCAGUGACUUCAGGACGGAGAAACCAUUUCUCUAAUUCACUCUUCAUUAAAGAAACAGCAGAGAGGUUUCCUCAGGUCAAUGUCGGUGAAAAUCCCUCCAGCCGGGAGAUGUGCCGCAGGAGCUGACCCUGAGAGGAAUCCUGACCUGACUGAGGCUCCUGUGAGUGAAGAGAAGAUAAAGCACCAGCUUCCUCCUGCCAGUCAGUCAUGUCCACUUCCUCCCUGUGAGUCAGUGAGCCGAGGAGUCCUGCAGGGAGCGCUGCAGUCUCGCCUGAACCAACACGACUACCAACAUACACACAGCCACACCGCCGCCCGAGAGCAGCUCCUACAGAUGCAGGUGAAGCAGCUCCAGAAAACUCUACACGAGCAGAAUGCACUGCUCAACUUCCUGAGCCCGGGACUGAUGUUUUCCCCAGCUUUCUUAACUCAGUUCCAGGCUUAUUCACUUGCACAGCGUCCUGAAACAGAUCCAGUCUCUCACGCUGAUGGUGUGGUAGAUUGCAGGAAGUGUGUUUCCAACACUGUUAUUAUUAGAGCUGGAGUGGAGCAGGAAGUCCCAGCCUGCAGUCCUCAGCUAAAACAGUGCACUGACCAUACGCCUCUACAGACAGUCAGUACAGAGCAGAGACGUUUAUCUCCUAUUAAAGAGGAGGCGUGUGAGCCGGGGGAGGAACCGUGUACAGUCAGUCCUUUUGGAGUCAGGAGAAAAGUCCCAGUGAAUCCAGAGGAAAGGCCUAUUCGCCCAGGACUCAAAGAGACAGAGAAGACUUUUGAUGAUUUUGUUGAAGAGCAGCUGAAAUUGGAUAAAGAGUUUCUAAAAAAGGAUAAACAGCUCAGAACAGCAGAGAAAAGGAAUUUCCUGCGUAAAGGUGAUGGACAAUCUAGAAUCAGUAAAAGUAAAGACAACAUCCAGGAAAUCCAACCAGCCUCCAAGAGCACAACGUCCACACAGCUUCAGAGACCCUCAACACCAUCUGCUGUCCAGGACAGUGACAGAAGCAGAAGGAUGAACAGUAGCACUCAUACCCAACAAAGCAACAGCCCAGCUCUGGAGAACCUGUUGUUAAUGAGAAAAAGUAAAGCGAAGUGCUCUGACCAGACAUCUGGCCAGGAGAACCUAUUGAGGAACAACGUUCCUCCACAUGAAGGCAAAUCUCUAGCUUUGAAUCACAAUGAACACUUCUCUCAAAAAAAUGAAGAAUGUUCAAAGCAGCCAAAUCAAAUAAGAAGUACCAAGUUGCAAGAUGGAUGCAUUAUGCUUUCUGGUAGAAAUGUUGCUCCUAAGAUCCAUCACCUUGAAGAAAGAGUUGGCUUCAAAAAGGUAAAUGAUCGCAUUGUUAGAGUGUGUGAUCUGGACGAAGCAAGCACCAAGACGCUAAGCUUGACUACUGAAAUAAAGCAGCUGGUGCUCAACAGCGCUUCUGAUGACAGCACCAGUGCUGAGGAUGAUCCCAAACCUCCAACACCUCCUAACCCCUUAAGAAUAAACUCGGAUCAAAAUCUGGAUCUAUCUGACGAGGACUACGCCAGCGACGCUCCGAGUGACACUGGUCCAAGUGAAUGUCCACGAGCUCCACACUGCUUCUUAGCUCAACUUUCUAGUUCAUCCGGAUCUGACGAUGGGAGCGACCCAGAGCUACAGAAGCUUUGUUGGUCUGAACCUCACAAACCCUCAAGAACUCCAAAAGAGACCAGCGGUGAGGCUGCACCCCCCUCUGCCAGUACCUCAGACCUCCUCGCUAGGAUUUUCCCUCAAGUGAAAUCUACGGGAAAAACCAAAACGGACAACGAGCUCUGGGAGAAAGCCUUGAAAACUCAGCACUCCAUGAAUGGAAGUGAACCAGUGAAGAAAGUACAGGAAAAUACUGGGUUGGAUAUCAGAGAUGGAACAAGCAAUGACAUGAUGAUGGACAAGAUGAAAACAGAGCAAGAUAAAGCACUGAAUUUCAUCAGAUCUGAAAUGGACCGUUUUUCAAACAGCCUACAAAACUGCAGAUCUUCAGACCACACUCCUCAGGAUGUCACACAGCACCUUAAUGAGGCUGAGGAUCUCAGAGAGCAAAUCCAGUUUCUGAAAGAGCAGCUGAAGAGAAGAGAGUGCGAGUGGUGGCAGGCUCACAGUGAGCUGCAGAGUCGAGUCGAUGCCCUGACCAGAGAGAACCAGGUGCUGAUGAGUCAGUGUGUCGUUCAGGUUAGACCUGAGAGCUCCGGCAGAUCCACACCUCAUCCCGAUGCUCAAAACCUGACUAGAAAACACUCUGUUACCAGUUCCCAGGAAAAGAACAAACAGAAAAUUUCAUCUGCAAGACGAGACUCGUCAAAUUCAAGGACUUCCACGGCGUCUCACAGUGCGGAUGACAGUGACACAAUCCCAUACAGUGAGUAUGGAGAAAAGAGCUCGUGCAGGCCUGCGGAGAAACAGAUUGGGAUCGAGAGCAGGAAUUCAGUGGCAAAAGGAUUACAGAGUACAUCGAAAUCCGGGAAAUCUGUAUCAUCUGAGUCUGAUUAUGGAUCCACAGAUAUGACUGAGGAUUUGCUCAAUUCUGAGAUAAAGAAUAACAACACUCAAGUAGCCCCUAAAGCUGUAGUUAGAGAGGAAACGCGAUAUCCAGAUGGUAAGGUAGAGCAGCUCCUGUCGGAUGGGUCACGUGUUAUUGUUUUCCGCAACGGAACUAGAAAGGAGAUUGGAGCGGAUCAGAAAUCAAUCACGGUCAUGUUUUUCAAUGGAGAUGUCAAACGCGUUCUGCCUGAUGGGACCAUGGUGUACUAUUAUUGUGAUGCUCAGACGACUCACUCGACUUACCCGUCUGGCUUGGAGGUUCUGCAGUUUCCAAAUAAGCAAAAAGAGAAGCGCCAUCCCGAUGGUACACGAGAAAUCCUUUUCCCUGAUGGUACUGUCAAGACCAUGUACCCUGACGGCCGACAGGAAAGUUUCUUCCCUGAUGGAACUGUUGUAAAGUUAUCAAAAAAUGGAGAGAAAACAGUGGAGUUCACAAACGGCCAACGUGAGAUCCACACGUCACAGUAUAAACAGAGGAUUUAUCCUGAUGGAACUGUUAAAACGGUCUAUUUAAAUGGAAGGCAAGAAACUAAAUACUCAUCUGGGAGGAUUCGCAUUAAGAACAAUGAAGAUAUUAUUAUGUUGGACAGAAAGUGAAAGAUGUCUCGAUGGGUAAACCAUUGCUAUGUUUUAUACAAGAAACUUGAUAUGUACAGUCAAUAUUCAAAAAUAUUGGCACAAGAGAAUGGGCAAAAAUUA